CCUGGAGAAGAAGCUAACUCUCUCAAGCUCCGUCGGAGGAAAAAACGAAAUCGGAAGUUUGAUAAUCACCGGAGAUAAGAAUUGAGUAGCUUCUCAAAGCAAAUUUGAUUCACCCGUAACAAUGGAUGUGAUAAAGACGCAGCAAAUAUCAGCAAGAACGAUCGAGAAAGUGAUCGUUCACCCACUUGUCUUGCUUAGUAUCGUCGACCAUUACAAUCGUGUAGCCAAGGACACACGCAAGCGUGUCGUCGGCGUUUUGCUCGGAAACACCUCCCGUGGUACCGUUGACGUCACCAACAGCUAUGCAGUGCCUUUUGAGGAAGAUGACAAAGAUUCUAGCAUCUGGUUUCUUGAUCACAACUACCACGAAUCCAUGUUUCACAUGUUCAAGAGAAUUAAUGCUAAGGAGCAUGUUGUGGGUUGGUACAGCACAGGUCCUAAACUUCGAGAGAAUGAUUUGGAUGUUCAUGCUUUAUUCAAUGGCUACGUACCAAAUCCAGUGUUGGUCAUUAUUGAUGUCCAACCUAAAGAACUUGGAAUUCCCACAAAAGCAUACUAUGCAGUUGAGGAGGUGAAGGAGAAUGCUACCCAGAAAAGCCAGCAGGUGUUUGUACACGUGCCAACAGAAAUUGCAGCUCACGAAGUCGAGGAAAUUGGUGUGGAACAUUUGCUCAGGGAUGUAAAAGACACAACCAUCAGUACCUUGGCAACUGAGGUCACUGCGAAACUUACUGCUCUGAAGGGAUUGGAUGCAAGACUUCGGGAGAUUCGGAGUUACCUUGACCUUGUAAUUGAAGGAAAACUCCCAUUAAACCAUGAAAUCUUAUACCAUCUUCAGGAUGUAUUCAACUUGCUACCUAACUUGAACGUCAACGAAUUGGUUAAGGCCUUUUCAGAGGACUCAAAGCCUGUUGCCAUACCCGCAAUCACUGGGAGUUAA